AUGACCCCGAUAUGCUGCACAUGCCUCCCAUUUUUCCUACGUAAGCGUUUCUUUUACAUUUCGUUACGGUCAUUAUUACAGCGUCUAAUAAAUGAACACGAUGAAAUGCAGAAGAAGACAUUCACCAAAUGGGUCAAUUAUCAUCUUGAAACACAUAAUUCAUCAGAACUGGUGGAAGACUUAUUUGAGGACCUCAGAGAUGGCGUGUUAUUAUGCCGUCUCAUCGAAUUUCUUACGGGUGAAGCAUUGCCAGUUAAUAAGACAAAAGAAUCAAAACGGGUACACCAUAUCAGCAAUUUAACAACAGCGUUGGCAGCUUUGCGACGUCGUGGUCUUGACUUGGUCAACAAUAAUCCAGCAGAUAUAGCCAAUGGAAAUCCUCGAAUAAUCUGUGGACUCAUUUGGCAGAUGAUCCUCCAUUUUCAAAUUGAGUCCAAUGUUCAGCUAUUGAAAGAGUGGGGAUUUGAGUUAGAAUUGGCGAAUAGUCCAUCAACGUCUAGAAUUAAUGAAAAUAGCCCUUUUGGCAAAUUACCGUAUCAGCUACGUGUUGGACGUCUAAAAGCACCUGUUGAUCGUGUAGUUUUACGAUGGGUAAAUGCCCAACUUUCAAGACCUUAUAGCAUAAGUCUGACUGAUAUGGAUAAAAGUUGGCGUGAUGGGAUUGCUUUCAACGCACUAAUACAUCGUAUAAAACCCGAACUGAUUGACAUGGAUAUCGUACGUCGAAGCACUCCAAAAACGAACCUUGAGCAGGCGUUUCGACUAGCAAAGGAACAUCUGCACAUACGACCGUUAUUAGAUGUAGAAGAUAUGUUAUGUGACAAAUCGGAUAAACGAUCUGUGAUUACUUAUGUGUCACAGUUCAUUCGUGCUCUUAAGCAUCUACAACCAAUUGUUUCAUGUCCAAUGAUUGAUGACCAUUCACUGAUUUCUUGGAUGGAAGAUACCUUGAGCAUCUUAAGAUCUUCUGUUAGUGCACCACUUUAUGACCAAUAUCAGACAUAUAUGUCAUUGCGAAAACAAUAUUUUGAGCAUCGCAACGCUUAUUAUUCACUUCGCGAACGUACCGCUGCACUACCGGAAGGCGAAUGGAAUCAAAUUGAGGCCAGCUGGAAAAGGAUCGGAGACCUACUGGAAGACUGGAGUCACAACCUAGAAUGUGAACUGCCUGAAAAAUUGUCUGAAUUGGCACAGUGGUUGUGUACCGCAGAACAAAUGAUACAAAAUCCAGUGGAUAUACGGGUGGAUGAUGUGCAGUUAUCGUUGUCUAAUAUCAAUGAAUCAAUCAGUCAUCAUAAGAUUCACUUCUCGGAAUUCCCUUACCGAUCGGAACGAUUCCAAUCUAUCUAUCUUAGCCGAAGGGUAGACGAACGCGAAGUUGCCAUGGAGUUGUUAGAACCGUUGAAGAUUCGAUUCGAUACUCUAGUAACUGCAGCCCCACGUCGUUUGCAAUAUCUUCAUCGAGUACAAGCACAAUAUCAACUUCUUUCUAAUGCAGAAGUACUGAAUCAGAAGAUGGAGCGAUGGAAAUCUGGUGAUUCAGCUGCUGCUAUUCAAAAAUCUAUGAAAGAAUAUAAGAUGGAAGCGGAAAGCGCUCCAGCGAAGAAAUUCAAACGACUUCUUACACGUCUAAAAGAAGUUUACAGUGAAGCUUCCUUAGAAGAAGCUGACUCCGUUAUCAAGGAAUGCGAAGACGCAUCAGAGGAAACCGUGGAAAAAUUCCAACAGCUGAAACAGCAUCUGGAUGAACUUUUCAAAUUUUGGCAUGAAUUUGAAAAUGUUGCAACUAAGAUUGAAGAAAGAAUCACACGUUCGGAACGCGAAAAACGCAAUUUGGUCGACGAAGAUAACAAAGACUUUUUGCGACAUUGUGAGAGAAUUCGCAAUGAUAUUGCAAGAUUUGGGAAUGAUCAGGUGCAACAAAUUGUUAACAGUCGUCUUUCCGAACUAAGAAAGCGUAUCAGUGCCGUCAAACGAAAAAUUCCAACAAAAAUGGCAUCACACUUACAAGAAGAUGCAUUAUCCAAAAAACUGAUACAAGCCAAUAUUACGUUAUCAGGUAGUGAAAGUAUUGCUGCUACAACGUCAGAUACACAAGGGCUUGGACACAAUCGUCUUCAGAAGUGGCUUAUCACUGCUCGUCAACAAAUGUCUACUAUCGUAACCGAUUUGAAUAGUUUGGAGCGUGCAAUUAAUCAAGUAUCGGAUUGUAUUCGCGAAGUGCAAGGAGUGGAAAAUGAACGAAUGGCAUUGCUAAAAACACGUGGUGCAAACAAUGAACAAAAUAUAGGCGAAUAUCGAAAACUGCGUUCUGAUUUGCAGACUCUGUUGCAACAUAUGAAAAAUGUUCAACCUUUGUUUUUAUCAUUUGAAAAAAAUUAUUAUAAUCUUCUCAAUUGGCUCAAUGAUCAAGAUGAUGAAAGAGAAAAUAAAGAGAAUGAGAAGUCUGAUAUAAUUAUUCACAUGACAUUUUUGUUGGAAACCAUGUCACGGAAUGAAUAUAGGAAAUGGAUUAAUUGUGACUUCUUGCAACGUCGUCUCGAUGAAUUGAAAUAUAGAAUGAAGGAAAGAAAAGAGCAACUUGUAGAGGCGGAAGAGUCAUCCGGAACUGGGGCUAUAACAGCAGCGCUGAUUAAGAAGAAGGAACUUCUGAAGCAGUCUGUAGAAAGCUGGGCAGAUAUUAAAAUUUGGGUCGACAGUGUUACCGAAAUCGACACUCAUUUGGAACUCAUUUUCGCUGCAGCCAACAAUACUUCCUUACCUGUAUCCGAUGAAUUCAACAAUGAAAAAGAGAAACUUCAGGAGGAAUGGCAUCAGAAAACGGAAGCCAUUGGCCAAUUGCAAAUAAUUCAUGACGCGAUCAAAGUACUUCGGAACAAGCUGGCCGAGAAUCCACGAUUGUCACAACUGAUAUUGUUGAAUGCGGAAAUAGACAAUCUAAGUCGGCAGUGCAUGAAUGUCGUCGAUCCCAGCGUUAUAGGCCUUCGAAAUUGUUAUCUGAACAAAAUUGAGGAGGAACUUCGUAUAGCCAUCACAGAAUCGUUCUCAAGGGCGGAGCAACGAGUCACCGAGUUGUCGGUGAUUGGCGAAACGGAUGUAGGGCUUGCUGUUGACAUUCUUCAGGAUUACCAACAAGAGGCACAAAGAAUAUUGAGUGACGAUCCAAAGUUUCUGGAAGUUGUUGUGGCAAUUAAGGAGGCCCAAAAAACCUUACAAGCAAAAAUGGAUUUCUUCACUGGCCUACAACAUUUCUAUGAAGCAUUGAAUACUAUCAAACAAGAAAAUGAACAAUGGAAUUCAAUCACGUCACAGCAGGUCGAAGAAGUAUCUAUAAGGCUUGAAGAGCUUUUAAAACUUAUUGAAAACGAGUAUGCGCCUGAGGCAAAUGCUUUAUGCUCGCAGUUUGAAUCUAUUCGGUCAUCUUUUUUUCAGCUAGAAUGUGAUCGAAUUAAGGAAAAGUUGCGGGUUCUUAUACUACAACUGGACAGGCUCGUGGAUUUAAUGGCGAAGCGAAAGAUUCUUCUACUCAAAUUCAAAGAAUUCCAAAAAUUUGUUAAAGAUGUUACAUUACUCAGAACAAUACAUGCUGCCUCGAUCGGUGUGGAAGUCGAUAUGCAUCGAAUUACGAACGAAGUGAGUGAAAUGUUUGAUAAAUUGGAUAAUUUGGGAAAAGAGCUUACAGCUUGCCAACUUGACGCCAAUAUGACGAUCUCCGAUAUAUCGAUUGUUGACGACUUAAACAGAAUCAAAAAUAUUUCCUUGGAUGUGGAUUCCAUAGAAGAACCAAUUGGACUCACAAAGCGUUUCCAAGAAUUUUUCGAUGUUUCAAAUCAACUAGAGGGUGCAUUCUGUACAGAUAUUCAUACGUGUGAACAGCUGGAUGAUGUCGUCAAAUUUAUUACUGUUUCAUUGGAGAAUGGUAAGAAAGAAGCUGAGCUGAUGGUUCGACUUGUUACAAUUGCUAACGAUCUUACCGCUCAUGAAAAAGCUAAAGCAAAUGAUAUUCUUUCGAAGCUGAAGCGAAUAAUGGACAAACGACAAGAACUUCGACGAGUAACAGUGGACGAUUGUGUGGAACGAUUGUUACUUAUUCUAACACAAAAAGAAGACCAACUGGAAACAAUUAUUGAGCGUGAUAUUAAUGAUAAAAAUUUGGAUGCUUUUGAGACUGAUGAAGUCACAAAGUGGAUCCCCUGGAAAGAAGAACUUGAUCAGGCUAGUGUUUUAUUUAUCUAUCAUGGUUUGAGUACAAAAACAGUUAAAUUAUAUAAUUCAUAUGUUGCACAAGAGUUUGGAUUAACAUUGCUGUUUAAAAACAACAAUAUCCAAGGACGAGAUUCACUUGAUGAACUUGUGGAGAAGGCAACCAAUUUUGAUGCACGAAUUACGCGUUUCAAGAACGCAUUUGCCAAAUCUAAACGUGAACAACGAAUAUCUGCAAAGCUGGCUGCAUUUGCUAAGUGGAUUGAUUUAAUGGAAGAAAAUCUUAACCAAGCAGAAUCUACGGCUGACGCAAUUGAAAGAGCAGAAAAGCUUCGCAAUAUUCACAAGAUCUGUUUAUCACAUCAGAAAAUGGUUGACAAAUUGUUAAGUUCCAAACUUAAUGCACCACAUUCAAAUGAAGUUAAAUUUCAUUGUGAUCGGUACUUCGCCUUGCUACAACGAAGUGACUCGCGACACUUACCUGAAGGACAAACAAUUUCAACACAUUUCAUAGAUUCACCUUCAUCAUCUAUGCUAUCUCAGUUUAAUCUUGAUACAUUAUCUGCUUCUGGAAGCGAUGAAGAUGAGAGUCAUCUUGCAGAAAUCACACCAUACGAAGGGACGAGCUCUGCCUAUGCUUUAACACAACGAGUAUUACAAGCAAAAGAACCCCCUGAAAUACGACUUUUGUUAUCGGACAUUGAUUCGGAAUUGAAUGUAUUGGCAGAUUCAUUGAGUACGCUGAGUGCUGAUUACGCUCGAUCACUGAAACCAUUAAGCAGAGCCCAAAUCGACGUGGAAAAACUCCAGAAACUCAAUGAAAGAAGGUUUCAACUGGACAUGGCGUGUGAUAAUCUUUCUCGUAACGUUUCCGGCGAUGAUUUAGCCAUCAUUCGCUCAUUAGCGCUACACCUACAUUCGCUGGAAGAACCGUUUACGACAUUUACGCGAGAACUGCAAAAAGAAAUCGACGAUGAGAUAAUGUUACGAUCAAAUUAUGAGGGUAUCGCUAAAAAACUCGAUCAGCUGAAUAUCGAUAUUGACCAGCGCGCUCGAAGUGCAAUUCAAGAUGUCCGAAAUCAAUUGGAACAUGUGCAGUCAGACUUGAAUUUAUUACGAGUGCAAUCUUCGCAACGGCGGAAGUAUGUAGAGAACACUUUGGAAAGCGUUUCACCGCACGCAAAUCUCAGUAAUUGCCCAAGGCGAAAGAAAAUUAUGCUUAUGGUUUCCAGAACUGUAACAACUAUAAUCCAGGUUGUUGAGGACGAAUUACAACAUUCAUCAAGCGUGAAAGAAAAUGAUCUCUUAGAUUUAAAGCAGAAACUGCAAGACGUGAACACCAGCAUCGUUGACGAAACCGGUGCAGUGGAUAAUAUAAUUCUCAGCAGGACAAUGGACACACAGGAAUCGGGAAAAUCUGAGAACGAAAAAGAGCAAACGAUGAUGAUGAUGAUGCAACCUGAGCUUAUGCAACUGGAAGAAAAAUUAUCUUUGGGGAAUCAAUUGCUAGCAAAUGAUAUAGAUUUAAAAAAUGAUGAUAACCUAGAAGAUAUUGGUGAAAAAGCGAAAAAUAUUGAAAAUUUAGAGCAAUUCAUGGUUUCAGCAAUUGAUAAAUUGAAAGAUUAUGAUCGUAGUAAUAUGACCAACGAACAACAGAUUAAUAUGGAACGNAUGAUGAUGAUGCAACCUGAGCUUAUGCAACUGGAAGAAAAAUUAUCUUUGGGGAAUCAAUUGCUAGCAAAUGAUAUAGAUUUAAAAAAUGAUGAUAACCUAGAAGAUAUUGGUGAAAAAGCGAAAAAUAUUGAAAAUUUAGAGCAAUUCAUGGUUUCAGCAAUUGAUAAAUUGAAAGAUUAUGAUCGUAGUAAUAUGACCAACGAACAACAGAUUAAUAUGGAACGAAUGUUAAAUGAAGCAAUGUCUCUUGCUGAUAAGCUACCUAUUUUACGGGAAUCUAUUGAAGAUCAUUUGAAAUCACGUAUUGAAGAUGGAUUAGAAGAUGAAAUACGAGUAAUUACGGAUAAAAUCAAACAACUGCUUACUAGCUAUUCGAAACCUCAACCGUACCAAACAGCAAUCAACGAUAUAGACAUAUUGCAACGAUUACAGGAUCAGAUCAUGGAAUUAUUGCAGAAAACGUUAGAUAAAGAACAAACUUUACCACAAAACUUAUCCAAUUAUCAUUCUGCAAUCAAUACAAUCAAGCAAAAAAUUGAAAAAGCUGCCGAAGAUGUUAAGAAAUUAUUAUCAUCACUUAUCGAAGAUGUUUCAACAGAAAAGCAACUCGUUGAUACACAAAACGAUUUGAUGAGCCGAUUGAAUAAAUUGAAUGAUUGUGCCAUGAUGAUUCGCAAUGGAUCAUAUGAUGAAACACAAAUUCCACGAUUAGAAGAAUUAAAAAAUGAGCUUGGAGAAGUAAAUGUUGAAUUGAACGAAUUGAAGAAAAAGGAAAACAAACCAUUGAAACUGUUGCUGCAUUCAGAUGAUUUAAGGAUAUCAUCUGUAAUUGAUCAGUAUGAAAAACUUAAUCAACUUCUGAAUGAAAUCGAAGAGCAAUUGAUGAAUCAUGAUGCUUUUAUGAAAUUGCAAUCGACAGUUACCAAUGAAGCUCAAAAGCUACAAAAUAUGAUUGAUGAAGCAUAUAAAGUUGAAAAUGAUGUUAACGCAACAGCAAGCGAUUUGCAUAAGGCAAUUGAUGAUCUCAAAAGUGGUCGAUCACAUUUGACAGCGUUACAAGAUGCAUGUGAUAAAUUGGAAGGGAUACCGAAUAUGGAUUCAUUAUAUGAAAAAGCAUUUGAUGAAAUGUCGACACUAAAUGAACAAUAUGACAAUGUUGAAAGGAAUUUAGAAGAUCGACUUGAUAUGCUGAAUGAAUUUGAUGCAAUAGCGGAUAAUGUAAAUAAGCAAUUGAUGAAUCUUGAAGAAAAUAUGCAUAAACUAGAAGUUCCAAGUGCCAGCUGUGAAUUAUCCGUUGCCGAUAAAGGACUCAAUGAUGUAAAUGAAUUAAAAGAACCAUUGAAAAAAUUAUCUGAAUUGAAGGAACAAUUAGCACCAUUAUUGAAACCUGCUUCUGCAGUUGAAGAUUUUAAUAAUCGUUUAUCAGAUGUGAACAAAAAUUUCCAACAAUGGCAUGAUGAGAUUGUGAAAAAGAAGCAAGAAUUGGAGGCUGAAAAUAAUCUGUCAAGUUUGAUCAACGAUUAUAAGCAAACUCUUGCUAAAGCGGAAAAUGAUUUUGAAAAGCUUGAACCAACAACAAAUGCAUUGAAGAGUUUCAGAGAUAUGAUUUUGCCAAUGGUAGUUGAGAAAUCUGAUCGUAUCAGAGAUCUAAUAUUACCGGUAAAAACUGAAAACAUUGAGCAGCUUUAUCAUAAUGCCGACAUGCUAACAGAUCGAUAUAAUAAUUUAUCAACACGUGUGAAUGAUAAAUUAAAUCACACAAAAGAACAAGAGAAUCUAUUUGAUGAGAUUCAACAAAAGCUUAAUAAUGUGGAACAAAAAGCUGAUGAUUUUCUCAACAAAUAUAUCACUCCACAAGAUUUAUUAAUUGCCAUAGAAGACGUCAAUCAAUUACAUUCUCUUCUGGAUCAAAUUCCAUCAUCAACAACAAUGGACAAUAUCACUGAACAUAGACUUAAAGAGAAUUUAGUGAAGAAAGCAGAUACUAUAAAGAACAAAAUCAAAAAUUUACUUACCCCUCUCGAAAAAGAUACACGAAAAGAGGAAGAAUUGAUGCACGAUUUGCAUGAAAUAUUAUGUGCAUUAACCGCAAUUGGUGAUGAUAUUAUUGCAGUUGAUCCCAUUACUGAACCAUCACAACAAUUGGAGAGCAUUAAUCAAUUAGCCGAAAAUUUGCGAAAACUCAAAGGGAAAGUUGAAAAGCUAGAAGGAAAGUUACAAAGUUCAGAAGGGUUGGUUAAACAUGCAUUAGUAACUGAUGAUCUAUUUGGUCGUGUUGUACAGUUACAAGAUGCACUUGAUGAGAAGAAAAGAAAAUUAACGGAUCGUGCCAAAUUAUAUGCUAUAACUCCGGAGAUAAAUUUGAUCAACGAAAGUGUGCAAAAUUGUGUUAAUGAAAUGGGACAAAUACCGAUGCAAACAGUUGAGGAACAAAAUGUUGCAUUAAAUGAGCUAGAGGGAAAGAAACAUCAACUUGAAAAUCUGCUGGAAAAUAUUCCUCAGGAUGAUGAAGGUAAUGAGUUACGUGAGAAGGGUAAUUGGUUACUGGGACAACUCAAUGAUAUAUUAAAACGAUUAGGUGAUGCAGUUGGAGAAAAGCUUGCAGCAUUAGCGGCAUUCAAUGCAAUCAAAGAUGAAAUUGAAACACAAUUCUCAUCAUUACAAGCUAGACCAAUAUCAAUUUCUGAUGAUAUUACCGUAUCUGAACUUGAUAAUCGGCUACAUGAUAUAAAUGAUAAAUUUGCUAGUUUGGAAAGGCUUAAAAAUAAGAUCGAUGAUGCUGAUGAAAAGAAUCUUGAUGCAGAUAAAAUUGCUGAAAAACAGAACCUUCUUCAUGCAAUCGAAGAAGCUUUGGAACUUCUAAAGAAUGAACGAAAAACAAUAGAGAGGAAAAUUAGUGAUGUGCAUGCCGCAGAAAAAAUGCAUGAAGAUGGCAAUCAAUUGUAUGACGAAUUGAAUGCUUUGAUUAAGGAAGGUCGAGAAGCGCUAAAUGAUGCUGAAGCAAUUCCAACCAUAUACGCUACUCUAUCGGAAGCAUUCAUACGCCCUCUUGAAGCGGCAACAGAAUUGCUCAAGAUAAUGCCAAAAAAUGAUGAAAUAGCUAUAUAUUUAAAAUCAACUGUUAAAGAUGCAAAAGUACUCCAAGACAAUUUGUCACAUCAUGCCAAUCUAUGGUCACAGUUUGUUGAUGAACGAGAUAAUGCAACAGAUCAGCUUGAAAUAAAACGGAAACCACUUGAUGAGAUUGGAAAUAAGCAUAUUAGAUCGUGUGAAGAAGUGAUUGAUGAUCUGGACAAACUUACGAAAGCAGUUGAAGAAUUGAAUGAAUUGCGUAAUGUGAUGUCAAAAUUAGAAAACCUUUGCCAACAAUUAGAUCCGUUGGAAACUGCAUACGCUGAUGUUCGUUUUUACGAUGUGGAUGUUGAGCAAACACAACGGCAAUAUCAAAAUCUCAUAACAUUGAUGAAUAACGAAGUAUACGACGAAAAAAAUCAGAAUGAAUCUAUUAAACAAUUGGCUGGAGAAUUAGAAUAUCUUAAUGAUAGGCUUUUGAUGGAACCGACGAUUGUUCGUGAACAGCUUGAAGAGAUAUUAAACAAUCAGUUGCCAUCGUUGCAAACUCGUUUGCAGUUUCUUCAAACAAAAGAUGAUGAAGCAAAACGAACUCGUAUCCAUGUUGAUCGUGUGUCUCAGCCAUCACUUGAAACAUUAGCAGAACAAUUGAAUCGUAUUUGCUUGCUUGUUAACGAGAAACUGAAUAAUCUUACAAAAGCAGAAAUGGACGAAAAGGCAGUGAUAGUUAGGAUGGAGUUAGAAAAACUCCGUACCGAACCAUAUGAUGAAGAGGAUUUGGUGAAGGUUGAAGAACAAAUAAAGCAGCUUCCUUUAGAAGAGAAUACGGAAAUGUUGACUGCAGAAUUAAAGAAAUUGCAAGCGAAUAAAGCGAUGCGUGAUGCAAUAGAAAUGAAAUUAGCCGAAUUACUCAACCGCAUGAAUGUGAUACGGACAAACUUGAGUCCAAUUAUGGAAGAGGAAAAAUCGGAAAAAGGGAAGAUGAAAAAGGAUAAAAAAGCAUUGCCUGAAAUUGAUGAACAGAUUAAUGCAUUGGAGUUAGCAUUAAAUGAAACAGUUAAUGAAAUUUUACCAUCGAUGAAUGAGCUUAUUUCUCAAACACAUCAAGGGAACGUCAAUUUUCCAUCUCUUCAAUCUGAACUUGAAAAUACACAAAAAUUCGCUGAAAAAUGCGAGAGAAAGUUGGAUGACAAGAUAGCGGAAAAAGAACAAAUAAUGAUGAUGAUGCAACCUGAGCUUAUGCAACUGGAAGAAAAAUUAUCUUUGGGGAAUCAAUUGCUAGCAAAUGAUAUAGAUUUAAAAAAUGAUGAUAACCUAGAAGAUAUUGGUGAAAAAGCGAAAAAUAUUGAAAAUUUAGAGCAAUUCAUGGUUUCAGCAAUUGAUAAAUUGAAAGAUUAUGAUCGUAGUAAUAUGACCAACGAACAACAGAUUAAUAUGGAACGAAUGUUAAAUGAAGCAAUGUCUCUUGCUGAUAAGCUACCUAUUUUACGGGAAUCUAUUGAAGAUCAUUUGAAAUCACGUAUUGAAGAUGGAUUAGAAGAUGAAAUACGAGUAAUUACGGAUAAAAUCAAACAACUGCUUACUAGCUAUUCGAAACCUCAACCGUACCAAACAGCAAUCAACGAUAUAGACAUAUUGCAACGAUUACAGGAUCAGAUCAUGGAAUUAUUGCAGAAAACGUUAGAUAAAGAACAAACUUUACCACAAAACUUAUCCAAUUAUCAUUCUGCAAUCAAUACAAUCAAGCAAAAAAUUGAAAAAGCUGCCGAAGAUGUUAAGAAAUUAUUAUCAUCACUUAUCGAAGAUGUUUCAACAGAAAAGCAACUCGUUGAUACACAAAACGAUUUGAUGAGCCGAUUGAAUAAAUUGAAUGAUUGUGCCAUGAUGAUUCGCAAUGGAUCAUAUGAUGAAACACAAAUUCCACGAUUAGAAGAAUUAAAAAAUGAGCUUGGAGAAGUAAAUGUUGAAUUGAACGAAUUGAAGAAAAAGGAAAACAAACCAUUGAAACUGUUGCUGCAUUCAGAUGAUUUAAGGAUAUCAUCUGUAAUUGAUCAGUAUGAAAAACUUAAUCAACUUCUGAAUGAAAUCGAAGAGCAAUUGAUGAAUCAUGAUGCUUUUAUGAAAUUGCAAUCGACAGUUACCAAUGAAGCUCAAAAGCUACAAAAUAUGAUUGAUGAAGCAUAUAAAGUUGAAAAUGAUGUUAACGCAACAGCAAGCGAUUUGCAUAAGGCAAUUGAUGAUCUCAAAAGUGGUCGAUCACAUUUGACAGCGUUACAAGAUGCAUGUGAUAAAUUGGAAGGGAUACCGAAUAUGGAUUCAUUAUAUGAAAAAGCAUUUGAUGAAAUGUCGACACUAAAUGAACAAUAUGACAAUGUUGAAAGGAAUUUAGAAGAUCGACUUGAUAUGCUGAAUGAAUUUGAUGCAAUAGCGGAUAAUGUAAAUAAGCAAUUGAUGAAUCUUGAAGAAAAUAUGCAUAAACUAGAAGUUCCAAGUGCCAGCUGUGAAUUAUCCGUUGCCGAUAAAGGACUCAAUGAUGUAAAUGAAUUAAAAGAACCAUUGAAAAAAUUAUCUGAAUUGAAGGAACAAUUAGCACCAUUAUUGAAACCUGCUUCUGCAGUUGAAGAUUUUAAUAAUCGUUUAUCAGAUGUGAACAAAAAUUUCCAACAAUGGCAUGAUGAGAUUGUGAAAAAGAAGCAAGAAUUGGAGGCUGAAAAUAAUCUGUCAAGUUUGAUCAACGAUUAUAAGCAAACUCUUGCUAAAGCGGAAAAUGAUUUUGAAAAGCUUGAACCAACAACAAAUGCAUUGAAGAGUUUCAGAGAUAUGAUUUUGCCAAUGGUAGUUGAGAAAUCUGAUCGUAUCAGAGAUCUAAUAUUACCGGUAAAAACUGAAAACAUUGAGCAGCUUUAUCAUAAUGCCGACAUGCUAACAGAUCGAUAUAAUAAUUUAUCAACACGUGUGAAUGAUAAAUUAAAUCACACAAAAGAACAAGAGAAUCUAUUUGAUGAGAUUCAACAAAAGCUUAAUAAUGUGGAACAAAAAGCUGAUGAUUUUCUCAACAAAUAUAUCACUCCACAAGAUUUAUUAAUUGCCAUAGAAGACGUCAAUCAAUUACAUUCUCUUCUGGAUCAAAUUCCAUCAUCAACAACAAUGGACAAUAUCACUGAACAUAGACUUAAAGAGAAUUUAGUGAAGAAAGCAGAUACUAUAAAGAACAAAAUCAAAAAUUUACUUACCCCUCUCGAAAAAGAUACACGAAAAGAGGAAGAAUUGAUGCACGAUUUGCAUGAAAUAUUAUGUGCAUUAACCGCAAUUGGUGAUGAUAUUAUUGCAGUUGAUCCCAUUACUGAACCAUCACAACAAUUGGAGAGCAUUAAUCAAUUAGCCGAAAAUUUGCGAAAACUCAAAGGGAAAGUUGAAAAGCUAGAAGGAAAGUUACAAAGUUCAGAAGGGUUGGUUAAACAUGCAUUAGUAACUGAUGAUCUAUUUGGUCGUGUUGUACAGUUACAAGAUGCACUUGAUGAGAAGAAAAGAAAAUUAACGGAUCGUGCCAAAUUAUAUGCUAUAACUCCGGAGAUAAAUUUGAUCAACGAAAGUGUGCAAAAUUGUGUUAAUGAAAUGGGACAAAUACCGAUGCAAACAGUUGAGGAACAAAAUGUUGCAUUAAAUGAGCUAGAGGGAAAGAAACAUCAACUUGAAAAUCUGCUGGAAAAUAUUCCUCAGGAUGAUGAAGGUAAUGAGUUACGUGAGAAGGGUAAUUGGUUACUGGGACAACUCAAUGAUAUAUUAAAACGAUUAGGUGAUGCAGUUGGAGAAAAGCUUGCAGCAUUAGCGGCAUUCAAUGCAAUCAAAGAUGAAAUUGAAACACAAUUCUCAUCAUUACAAGCUAGACCAAUAUCAAUUUCUGAUGAUAUUACCGUAUCUGAACUUGAUAAUCGGCUACAUGAUAUAAAUGUCGAGACGAGAAAACUACAAAAGUUGAAGGAAAAAAUUUUGCAUGCGAAUGUUUCUGAACUUGACAGAGAGCAGUGUGAUGAAAAGAAUGUCCUAUUGUCAAAAAUUGAUGAGCUUUUGCGACGUGCACUGAAGGAACAUGAAUAUUUUGGCGAAAAGCGUACCCAGUUACUCACUCAUGAAAAAACAUGUAUCGAUUGUAAGGCAUUAUACGAUGAGUUGGAAAAAUUGGUAAAGGAUGGUCAGAAGUUAUUGAGCGAUUCAGAAGCUCUACCAAUGUCCUAUGGUUUCAUCUCGGAUGCAUUGACUCCUCUUAUUGAAGCAGCAGUCAAUUUGCGCAUCAAUGAACCGAAAAUCGAACAAUCACAUGAGCCAAUUUUUAAACAGUUAUGGGAACUAGUUGACAAAGCCAAAGAUGUGCAAACACAAUUGAUUCAAAGACUAAAUAUGUGGGAACAGUUUGUAAAAGAACGUGACUCAGCAGCAGAUGAAUUGAACGAUAUACGCAGGCAAAUAUGUGAAAUUGAAGGACGAGGAAUGAGGAAAUUUGAUAAAAUGCUUGAUGAUUUGGAAGCUUUGAAGGUUUUCUACCUAAGGUGGCCGUUCCUUGCAAACCUGACAUCACGAUUACUGUCUCUUAGCUCACAGCUUCAUCCAUUAGCUUGUGCCCAACAAGAGGGAAAAGCAUUUGCUGAAGAAGCAAGUGAGCUUGAGGAAAAAAUCGAGAAUUUGUUGGAUUCCAUGUCUUCCGAAUUCAGAAUAAGAGAGGAAAUUGUGCAUUCAUUACUCGCAAUAUCAGAUGAACUCGACGAUAUCAAAAAUGUACUCAAUGAUCAAAAUAUAUCAGCCCGUUUACAAAAGGAAUUACAACAACAGUUGAAAGGUAUUCGGACACAUUUAAACACAUUGGAUCAAGAUAUCGCCAAUUAUAACGAUAAUAGAAUCUUUUUGAAUGAAGACGAGGAAAUUGCAACAAGACGUAGUUUUGAACAAUUAGAAGAAAUUGAAGAAAAACUAAGGCGAAUGGAGCUUACAGACACUGAAGAAUACGAUAUCGAUGCUGCAGCAGAAGUACUGGCAGCAGUAUAUCCGGAUGACCAUCCACGGGAUGUACUGCGUGAACAGGGCAUUCCAUUUGAUGAUGAUUUGUAUGAUCUUAAUCCUAGUUCUGCUACCAGUGACGAUGAUAACAGAAACAAAUUUAAAACACCAUCCGAUGAUGAAGUAAUGUUAGGGGAAAGCGAGGGAGAAGAUACCGUUGAAGUGCAUCCACCACAUGAUGUAUUCUCACCAAUUCCUGAUGAUCCAAGUCCGGGACGUAUACAUUACGAACAACAACGUUCUCGUUGGAAGCGUAUCCUUCGUACUGCAUUACCUCUCCAGGCUAUGCUUGUGUUACUUCUUGGUGCAGCAUGUCUUGUACCACAUUGUGAUGAUGAAAGUUGUUGCCAGUUGCUCAAUAAUUUUGCGCGAAGCUUUGACCCGUCAUUGGAAUUUUUGAAUGGACCGCCACCUUUUUAA